GGUGGGGCUGGAGCGCAGGCCGGAAAAGUGGGAGGGGACAGGUUGAGGGGUGGUCUCUGAGGAGGAGCCAGGCGGGACCGUAUUGUUCGACACUCCACAACCCGGAGCGCGCAGCGCUGGCUGGGGAGCGCGCGGAGCGCGAGGUGCGGGGCGCUCGCCUUCCCUGGUUCUCCCCACCGCCUGCGCCCCACGAAGAGACCCGGGCUUCCCAGCGCGUCUCUGCCCGGCUCGCCCGAGCCCCGAGGGACGGGUCUGCACAGGCGCCUGGCGUCCCGGCCCCCUGCGAUGGCCGCGGGACACAGCCGCAGGGAGCAGCCGCGCGGAUGCCGGGGUACCCCUCCCUAGCGGGGCGCAGCUUCUUCCUGGUCCUCAGCUCGACCGGCGGGAUGGGGGGCGGAGGGUCUGCCUUGAGGGUCUGCGCCGACCACCGCGGGGGCAUCAACUGGCUCAGCCUGAGCCCGGACGGACAGCGCCUGCUGACGGGCAGCGAGGACGGCACAGCCCGGCUCUGGAGCACCGCGGACGGCCAGUGCUGCGCCCUCCUGCAAGGACACAAAAGCUACGUGACCUUCUGCCAGCUGGAGGAUGAAGCCGCCUUCACGUGCAGCGCUGACUGCACCAUCAGGAAGUGGGAUGUGCUGACGGGGCAGUGCCUGCAGGUGUUCCAAGGACACACAUCCAUUGUGAACAGAAUCCUGGUCGCCAACAACCAGCUCUUCAGCAGCUCCUAUGACCGGACAGCUCGUGCCUGGAGUGUGGACAAGGGGCAGGUGUCCCGGGAGUUCCGGGGCCACCGCAACUGUGUGCUGACUCUAGCCUACUCUGCUCCCUGGGACCUCCCUGGGGCUCCCUGUGCAGAGGAGGCCGUGGCUGGGGGGCUCCUGGUGACGGGCAGCACAGAUGGCACGGCCAAGGUGUGGCAGGUGGCCAGUGGCUGCUGCCACCAGACGCUGCGGGGCCACACAGGCGCUGUGCUCUGCCUGGUGCUGGACACGCCCAGCCACACGGCCUUCACCGGCAGCACUGAUGCCACCAUCCGAGCCUGGGACAUCCUGAGUGGGGAGCAGCUGCGGGUAUUCCAGGAGCACCAGGGCUCUGUCAUCUGUCUGGAGCUCGCGAACCGGCACGUGUACUCGGGCAGCGCCGACAGGACGGUCAAGUGCUGGCUGGCAGACACCGGGGAGCGCGUGCGCACGUUUGCGGCCCACAGACACAGCGUGAGCGCCCUCAAGUACCAUGCGGGCACCUUGUUCACAGGCAGCGGGGACGCCCGCGCGCGCGCCUUCGACGCCCAGUCCGGAGCGCUACAGAGGGUGUUCCGCGGGCACGCCUUCAUCAUCAACUGCAUCCAGGUGCACGGCCAGGUGCUCUACACGGCCUCGCACGACGGCGCGCUGCGCCUCUGGGACGUGCGCGGGCUCCCGCGCGCCCCGCCGCGCCCCGCCGCCCCCAAGCGCAGCCUCUCGCGCCUCUUCAGCAACAAGGUGGGCUGCGCCGCCGCCGCGCCCCUGCAGCCGGCCUGACCCCACCGACGGACGGGCAGACUCCGGAGGGAGCACGCCCUGCCCGCCCGGAUGGCCGGAGCGGGAGGGGCGGCCCAGGCUGCGACCCCGCCCCUCUGCAUCCCCAACCUCUUCAGCCAGAGAACCCCCAGAGCGACCCUGUCU